AUGGCCCACCCUAGGCUACAGUUCCUCUAUCCGAGCCUGAUACGGUCAGUUCGCUCAUGCAGACCACAUACAUAUCGAUCUAUUCGAAGCCAGGAGCUCCAACAUGCCUUCCAUACCACUCAAAUGCGCCGCCAAGAGACCUACCAGCGACGAUAUGGACCUGCCGUCGAACCCAACUUGCCGCCUCCGCCGCGGCCUCAAGAUAACCAGUCCGGUCAAGGUAUAGACGAAAAGACGGCUGCGCCGAAUACAGAAAGCACCUCAGCAACCGAAACGGAUGCGUCCCACCCCAACGAAUCUCCCUCACAAGCGCAGCAAGAGGCGCAGCUAUCCCAGGUAGACACGCAUCAGGAUAUGGCUGACGCCGCUGCCUCCACACUGUCAGAGCAAGCCGCAGGCGAAGCAACAAAGCGGCAUGCCACUCUGGAGCCACCUCUUCGAGAGGAGGAAGGUUCCACCCACGAGGAUGAGGAUUCCAACUUCGCGGGGGCUCAAUCCUCAAUGUCGGGGUCCGGUGAUGCUGGGGAGGAAAUGUCUCAGAUGCCGCCGUAUAUGAAUCGCAGUGCCUUUGAAGACGUAUAUCACAUGCCCUCCCCGAAUUCUGGCCUCGCAACAACAGAGGCACCCGCGCCAAACAAACCUCCUCAUAUGAGCCCGGCGCCUUACGUCCAUCACUUUGACACAUACUCUCUCGUCUUGGAUUUAUCCAGGGGAGGAUACACCAGUGAACAGUCAAUUACCAUAAUGAAAGCCGUGCGGACCAUCUUGCAGAAUAAUCUCGACUUUGCCAAGCAGAGUUUGACGUCGAAGUCGGAUGUGGAGAACGAGGAGUACCUCUUCAAAGCAGCCUGCUCGGAGCUUCAGCAGUCUUUGCAAACAGCCCGAAACUCCGAAGUGCAGAGGCAACGCGCAUCUCGAACUCAAUUAGAACACGAAACCGAUAUCUUGUCCCAGCGUCUCAACCAAGAGCUGGCGGGCAUGAAGGAUGAGAUCAAAGGCAUGUUCAACGAUCACAAAAUGGCCACUCGAGAACAUCAACGUGUGAUCGAUACCAUGGUCCAAGAGUCCAACUACAAGAUCACAGUCUCGCUCAAUAGUGACGGAAAGAGCGAAAUUGAGGGCUUGCGCUGGAUUUUGACUCGGCGCGCUGCCCUGACUGUCGCCAUUUGUGCCUUCAUGAUCAUUGUCUUCCUCAAGUAUUCCUCGGUACGGCGCACGAAGGAGCCGAAGCCCUCCAGCGAGGCAGAGAAGCCAGUGACGAAAGAGGUCACGAAAGAAACUCGCGUCAUUAACGAAACCACCCCUCCCGUGGAAGGCUCUCCCGUUGUCGAAGCCCAUCUGGGGGAAUCAUUAGGCUGA